AGCGACUGUAUGACAGCUGCGCUACAAUACCUUAUGAUUAACCGUCUUUUCGGGACAAUUUGGUCGUGAAAUAUGAAUCACUGACGUAUUCAUCUUCUGUCAAAUCAAUUUUCGACUGUCAUGUCUAUUGGGAUUGUUUAUGGUGAUGAGUACAGACGAAUAUGUUGCAGCUCACCUAAAUUUGGCGAUCGCUAUGCGUUGGUUAUGGAUCUGAUCAAUGCAUAUAAACUUGUUCCUGAACUUUCUCGUGUACCUCCUUUGAAAUUGGAUUCACUUGAUCAUAUUUAUAAAACACUGACCACUUUUCAUUCUGCAGAAUAUGUUGAUGCCCUCAGAAGAUUGCAAACAUUACACACUGAGGAAAGGGAGUUAAGUCCUGACGAUGAAUUACUCAUGGAUUCGUUUGGAUUGAAUUAUGAUUGUCCUGGCUUUAACAGUGUUUUUGAUUAUGCUGUAGCUGCAGUCAGUGGUAGUUUAGCUGCAGCUGACGCUUUAUUUCAUCGAUGCUGUCAGGUAGUUAUCAAUUGGGGCGGUGGUUGGCAUCAUGCCAAAAGAAGUGAAGCCUCUGGAUUUUGCUAUAUGAAUGAUAUUGUUUUGGCUAUUCAUCGAUUGUUAUCAUCCAGUCCUCAAGAAAUCCCAGCGAAUAUUUCCAGUGUUCAAACACGUGUAUUAUAUCUCGAUCUUGAUCUUCAUCAUGGUGAUGGAGUGGAAGAAGCUUUUUGGUAUAGUCCUCGUGUAGUUACAUUUUCUGUACAUCAUGCAUCGCCUGGUUUUUUUCCUGGUACUGGAGAUUGGAAUACGAUAGAUGACAGUAAUUAUAUGGCCUUUCCAAAUGGUGCUGGUCGUGGUCGAUUCUCAGCAUUCAAUCUACCUCUAGAUGAGAAGAUAAAUGAUUCUCAGUGGUCACAAGCAGUAGGACCUGUGCUUGACUCGCUGAAUAUGGUUAUCCAACCAAGUUAUAUUGUAGUUCAGUGUGGUGCUGAUUGUUUAGCCACUGAUCCACAUCGAAUAUUCAAUUUGACCAAUUUUUAUCCCACAUCUGAUACAGAGUCAGAUUGUAAAUCUGAAAGUAGUUUAAGCGGUUAUUUAUUUGCUAUGAAGAAAAUAUUAUCAUGGAAAAUUCCAACAUUGAUUCUUGGUGGUGGAGGAUACAACUUUUCUGAUACAGCUAGACUAUGGACAAGAAUAACAGCGCAGGCAAUCGAAGAAGUUAAAGCGAAAAAGAUUCCACUUUCUCCUGAAAUCCCAGAACAUUCCUAUUUUUCUCGUUAUGGUCCAGAUUUUGAAUUGAAUAUUGACUAUUUUUCACAUCAAAGUUAUAAUAAACCAAAUGAUAAUAUAAAACAGCAUCAUCAUCGUUUACUGGAACAAUUGUGUAACUAUGCUGAUUUAAAUAAAAUUACUUAUGAUUAUGAUACAUUGUAUAAGGUAUACAAUUCACUUGAUCUAUGAAGUUAUAAUAAUAACAUGUUUUAUUUCCUAUGUGCAUUUAUUAUUAUUAUUAUUGGCAUUAGUAGUUAUUAGUAGUAUUCAGACUGCAAAAUUACUUGGUCUUUUCUCUUCAAAUGUGUGUUAAUAAUAAUAUUAUUAUUAUUAUUUCAGUGAAUACAACUAUUUUAUAUUUUAUAAGUCAUUACCUCUGUAAUAUGUACUUUAUAAAAGUGUUUUAUCAUCAGAAGUCUGUGCAUCUGUUGUCAUUUUUAAUAAAAAAU